AUGUCGCUCAGUGGCCGCGCGCCGGGUGUGGCCAGGCUCAGGAGGCCUUCCUCCUGGUUGCCGCCUCUUGAGGGCUCGGAUUCCCAGCCUCCUAGUAGCAAGCGGUUCCGUCUGGGGGAGCCGGGCGGCGUUUCUGAGGUGGGGUGGCGGCUGCCUUUGGUGCCUCGCUUAUCUGAGGUGGAAAAAGUCUGGGAGUUGUCCCCCAGACCGUUCAAGACGCUUCUUUUUCCAAAGACGGCGUUUUUUGAUAACUCCACCAACUCGUGUGUGGAGAAGUCAGCCAGUGAGAAGCACAUAUGUAAUCUGGGAUGCCCAAAUGGCAAAUUUCUGACGAGUAGCUGUUCUCAGUCUCUCCCGUCACGCGGUUUUGAUUCUGGUUUGAGGGUUUCGGAAAUGUCUUCUGAGCCAGCACCGCGUGACAGAGAGGUUUUCAGGGCGCGCCAAGGCGUUCUGCCUGGCACCUCCAUACACCGCAGACACGGAGUUAGACCCGAGGAUGAGAACCAAUGCUUAGCCCAAGAGAGAAGCGACAUUCUGAAAGACAAUACUUACAUAAGACAGACAGAAGAUCCAUUUUUAGAUGUUACCUUUCACAAGAAAGCUAGAUCAACAUUUCGUGAAAUUAAGAACAGAUGUAAAGCUGACAGUGUUAUGCCAUCAAAUAAAAAAGAAAAAAUUUCAUCAUCUACGCUAAAAAUACCAAAAUCUCAAAACCAACCCAGCUUGGAAAUUGCCAAACCCAACUAUUUUAGAGACAGCAGCACAAUAAGUAUCCCUGAGUUUUCAACAGAUUUAAAUAGCAAAAUGUCCCCUGUCUAUUUAAAGCAAAUAGCAAAGAAAAAGAAUGACAAAAAUGAGGCAUAUGUUAGGGAUUUCACAAACAUUUACUGGUCCCAAAAUAGACCUGAUGUUAAGAAGCAAAAGUUACAGGAUGAUAAAAAAAUUGAGGAUGCAGAAAAUACGUUUUUUGAACUUUAUAAAACUAACCACCAGUCAGGCAGCAACCAAAAUAUUUGUGAGAGAAAAGACUUGAUCAGUUUAAACUACUAUACCAACAAUAGUGUCAAGUGUGAUGUAAGGGACUUUAAAAAGAAUUUCACUAUAAUACUUGAAAAUUCUAAUUGGGAAGAAGCAGGAACAUGCCUGGAUGGGUGCAUACCUAGUAGGCUGGAAAAAUCUCAAAGCUGGGACUAUAACAUUAGAUAUGUUUUGAGAAGAAAUAGGGAAAAUUGUUGGAUUAUGAAUAAUUACAAGACUACCUGUGAAACUAUGAAAAAAGAGGGAGAAAAUGUGAAUGUGCUACAAUUAUUAGAAAUAGACUUUUUAGGAGAGGGAGUUUACCACGAUACAAAAGUCAUGAAUAUACAUGAACAAUCAAAUCCUCUCAGGGCAAGAACUCAGUGUAGCCAAGCAACUUUGAUAAAAACAGUUUGGUUAAAUGGUAAAGGAGAAAAUGUUAAUGUGCUACAGUUGAGGUACUAUACUACACAAAAAGACUCUCAUUUUAACAUUUUUCAAAGUAUCAUUAUACAAAUUUUCUACUUCCUUAAGAGUAUUUCAGGAAAUCAAGAAGAUGAUAGCAUUUCAAUCUGGCAUAAAAUUUUGAAGAGUAAAAAGCAAAUUGGUGUUCAAAAUCGGAUAACUAGAAUGAAUGUCAUUACAAAGAAUGGCAUUUUAAGCGUUUAUUUACAAACCAGUAUUUCAGAACCUUUAAAUAUCACACUGAGAACCAACAUAGGUUCUUUACUGAAUAACUUUGACAUUCUGACAAGUUUUCAAAGUGAUUCUGAAUUAGAAGAGGGAUACAUUUUCAAUUGGAUAUUAUAUUUAUAUCAUCCAAAAUGUAUUACAGUGGAAAAUCACACUGCAUAUCUACUAGGAAUUUUAACUUUUUCAGGAAUAUUAGAAGAUAAUGUAAAACCUAUGUUAAAAGAAAGAAAACUAUUUAAAACUAUAGAUGUUUUUGGGGAGCCUAAGGAGAAAAAUAUCAAUUCCUCCAUACUAAUAGCUAAUGUUUUUAAGAUGUCUAAAAAGUUUUUUCUUUCAAUGGACUUCGAUGACCUGAGUGACAUGUCUUCUAUAAAAGAAAUUAGUUAUAAAAAUAUGAGUUGUUCUGAACAGUUCAUGAAUAUGGAAAAUUGGACUCACUGUAGUUCUAGCACUGUUGGAACACAUGUUAAAUCAGAUCCUCACUUUAUACAGAACAACCAUGAAUGUAUUAAUGAAAAAUGUGAAAUAAAUAUGUACAACCAAGAUUUAGGUACUGAAAGAAAACAGGAAUGCAAUAACAACAGUAGUUUUAAUUCUAAGAACAUGCUUGAAGAUUUCUUCAUGGAUAAGCAACAAGCCAUAGUAAAUCAGGUGUUAAAUAUUGGGAACUUUUGGAGUAAAGUAGAAGAAAAAAAAUAUUACUUAAUUUUGAAGGAGGAAGUAAAAGUCACAUCACAAAAUUUGACAAAUGGUUGUCAAAUUCAUAAAGAUACUAAGACAGAAGAGAAAGAGAAAGAUUUUCCUCUAAUGAAUGGCAUAUUUUCUUUGCAGUCAGUUUCAAUAAGUCUUAAAGUAAGUGUGAGAGAAGCUAAAUAUGCUAAUCAAAAUAACGUAGCUUUCAGAAAUGAGUAUGAGAAUAUUUUGCAAGAAAGUGAGCAAGCUAAUUCAAAGCAUUUUUAUCCAAAGAAAGAUACUACAUUUUGUGUUAAUCAUCAAUUUGAAAGUGAUUUGAGUGAAGGGAACAAUGAAUGUUUUCAGAACUUAACUCCUAAAUGUUUAUCAACAGAAGCUCUGACAAUAGAGAAAGAUUUUGAGAUGAAGAGUAAAUUUGAUUUAGUACUUGAAGAACUUCGUAUGUUUCAUGAAAUUAGUAAGGAUGACAAAAUUCUAGGCACUGUGGAAACAAACAAUGGACAAGAAAAUUACUGCAGAGAAAGUAAUGAUGAUGAGGUAAACAUGGAGAUAGAAAAGGAUUCAAAAAUGAUGGCAGUCAACAAAAUAUGUGCAUCUUCUUUGAUCUGUGAUGCUGUAGCAGGUCCUAAUAUGCAUAAAAGGCAUCACAGUUUAUUCAAAUGGAAUACAGCACCCAAAAAUGGAGAACAGGAAGUCCAUAAUGGGCGUUGCUGUCCUAGGACACGAGAGGGUGAAUUACGCUAUGCUUCUGAGGAAGAUUGUGAAAAAAAACUUUUAUCCAAAAGACCUGCUCAUUUCUUAGAUGAGUGUAAGGAAGAAAAAUUUAACUAUUUACUCCAGGGAGGUAGUCAUUUUUCACAUGGCAUUUCAAGAGUACGACCUCUUAAGACGUGCAGUCGACCAAUCAGGAUUGGUUUGUCAAGAAAAGCUAGGCUUAAACAACUUCAUCCCUAUCUGAAGUAAAUAUGUUACAAGAAUUUAAAAGAAGAUUUAAAGAAACAAGCUUUGGGAUGCGUAACUGUGAGCAUGAGAAUAGAAGGAGAGCCUUACAUUAAAUCAACUUGGAAAUGCUGUGUUGAUAAUCAGUUCCUUCAGUAUGCAAACCUCUGA